AUGUCAACAGCUAAACUUCGAGAAACCAUUCAUGAAUAUCUAUCUGAAGCACAAUCAGAUUCUCAUGAAGUUCAGCAAAAAGCACUACAAACCCUAGCUUCCAUUACCAGAGUUAGUCCCCAAAACAGAAGUUUACUGGCUCAAUCUUAUGGAGCAAUCCCUGCCCUCCUUGCCCUAUCUAAAUCCAUCUCUCCCAUUAUCCAAACUCUCUCAUUAUCUGUACUCUUUAACCUCUCUUUAAACCCAAACCUUAAACAGUCUCUUGCGGAUAUGGAAACCAUCAACCAUCUCAACUCCAUAAUCCUCUCCCCAACCUCCCCACCUGAGUCCACCAAGUUGGCUUCUUCCCUCAUUUGUAGCCUAGCCAUGCUUGACAAAAACAAGGCCAAGUUCGGCGUGGCUGGAACCAUCCCUUUGUUAAUCCAUGCAAUUUCAGACCCGUGCAACGCAGCAGCUCAUCACCUGCUUAGCACUUUAGCUGAGCUAGUGCAGUUCCAUGGAAACUGCACCCUAGCUGUCCGAGCCGGAGCUAUCCCCGUAUUAAUCCAUGUGGUGGAAAGCAGCGAUGGAGAAGACCUUUCCGGGACUUCCCUAGCUGUCCUGGGCCUCCUUUCUAAGUUCGAUGAAGGGUUGAACGCUUUGAAAAAGACGGAGCAGAUUGUUAGUUCGAUGUUGGAGGUGCUAAAAGGGAGAUGCAUGUUGAGCAAGGAAGGCGCGGCCGAAAUCCUUGUUCGACUGUUCGAUGAAAACGAGGGCUGCCUUGCAGAUGCUUUGAACCUCCCGGAGUUCUUAACUGUGCUGGCUGAUAUCUCGGUCAGAGGAUCCGCGAAAGCUCGAGAGAUGACUGCUCAGUUGCUAAAGAAGACGAUGGAUGCUAAUUUGGUUUCCUACAGUGACGGAAGUCAUAUGUUGCUCCAGUGGUAG